AACGGGAGCGGAGAAUGCGGCUAAGGAUUAACGGAUUAUGUGACCAGCUAAUUUGAACUUGUCCUUUCUUCCACCUGAGCUUCGCUUAAAAAAGUAAACAAGAAAACAAAAGGCGGCCUUAGGCAAGUGUGCAUGGGGAGAAGACAACAUAAAAGCCUUACCCCUUUGACACGAUUAACAGGGUGGUUUUGCCAAGUAGAUUCGAACCAACCCCCCCCAACGGACACGUAUCCCCCCCCCCCCCCCCCCCGGUGAAUUUGCUAAAUAAAACCCCUUUCUCCUCCUCAAUCCUCAUGCUAUAAAACUCAAAAACUGUUCAUAUUUCCUGGGGCUUAUCACUAUCUUAACCAUUCCAAAUUUCCAAUCUCUCUUCCCCUGAAAAAUCCAAAAAACAAAAAAAAAAAAAAACCAGAAACAGAAAUGUUGAAAUCUAUGAAGAAACCAGCGCAGGCAACGUCGAGGAAAGGGUGCAUGAGGGGGAAGGGGGGGCCGGAGAACUCUGCGUGCACUUUCAAGGGCGUCCGGCAGCGGACGUGGGGGAAGUGGGUGGCCGAGAUCCGCGAGCCGAACCGGGGAGCCCGCCUCUGGCUCGGCACCUUCUACACGUCCCACGAGGCCGCCGUGGCCUACGACGCGGCCGCGCGCAAGCUGUACGGCCCCGACGCGAAGCUCAACCUGCCGGAGCUGUGCGGGAACCAUCCCCAGUUCUCGAUCCCUUCCGCGAAUUUCCCCGUCAGCCACGUGAAGAAAGAAUCGGGCGGGGACUCGCCGGAGAACCCCAGAAACGACCCUUUACUGGGGUUUUCCGACGAAUCCGGCAUGGAGAGAGUCGGGGAGAAUGACGUGGGAAUAAUGGAGGGGUUGUGGGGGAACCUGAAUGCGAAUCUGCCGGAGUUCGACGAUUCCUCUCUCUGGGCGGAGGCUAUGGCGACGAUGGAUUUUCAGGCGGUGGACCCCGGGAUCUUCGCCGGUAAUUGCGAAGACGGCAAGGGGUUGGAAGCCAUGCAGGACCCUUGGUGCUACUGAAGCUAGCUUUCCCAUCAUAUCAGUGAAUGGAAAAGGUAUAUAUGUGUAUUGUGUAUAUAUAUGUUGUGAAUAAUACACAUAUAUAUAGAUAGAUGCAUAUAGAAUUAGAGUGAGUAGGGAAAAAUAGGAAAAAAAGAGAGUAGGAGCAGAGAUGAUAC